AUGCUCCGGUUAGCUAACAAGUUUACCGUCAAAAUAAGCUUAAUUUCACGGCUUCUUAAAGAAAUCCCCUUUUGUGUGAUGAGCAAACAUGAAGAAGACUGCCAGAAGGCCCCGGAACACGACAAACUAACGUUAACAAAUGCGGAAGAGGGGAAGGUAGUGACUCGGUUCCCCCCCGAAGCGAGCGGAUUUCUCCACAUCGGUCAUGCGAAGGCGGCCCUUAUCAAUAGUAUGCUCGCGUUGAAGUACAAAGGAAAACUUGUAAUGCGGUUUGACGACACUAACCCAUCCAAAGAAAAGGACCACUUUGAGCAAGCGAUUUUGGAUGAUUUGGCAACCCUUGGUGUCACGUGGGAUGUGGGUCCAACAUAUUCGUCCGAUUACAUGGAAUUACUAUACGAGAAAGCAGAUGAGCUCAUUGAAAAGGGUCUGGCCUAUUGUGAUAAAACAACACGGGAGGAAAUGCAAAAAUGUAGGUUCAACGGUGUUCCCACGAGCUACCGAGAUAUUUCCAUUGAGGAGACGAAAAGGAUGUGGAGUGAGAUGAAAGAGGGUUCCGCAGAGGGCCAAGAGACUUGUUUACGGGCAAAGAUAUCCGUUGAUAACGAGAAUAAAGCGAUGAGGGAUCCUGUUAUUUAUCGAGUAAAUCUGACGCCACACGCAAGACAGGGAACCAAAUACAAGGCGUACCCAACAUACGACUUUUGCUGCCCCAUUAUUGAUUCUGUCGAAGGAAUUACACACGCUCUUCGGACGAAUGAGUAUCAUGAUCGGAACGACCAGUAUUAUUGGUUUUGUGAUGCAUUAGGGUUGAGGAAGCCCAUUGUUGAAGAUUUUUCAAGAUUGAACAUGGAGUAUGCUGUGAUGUCGAAGAGAAAGUUGACACAACUUAUUGACUCUAAGGUUGUCGAUGGCUGGGACGACCCCCGGUUUCCGACAGUACGAGCGUUGGUAAGACGAGGGUUGAAAAUGAGUGCCCUAAGACAAUUUGUUCAGGAGCAGGGUAUGUCAAAAACCGUCAACUUUAUGGAAUGGUCGAAGUUGUGGUACUUCAACACACAGAUUCUCGACCCUUCAGUACCUCGGUACACUGUUGUUUCUAAUACACUCAAGGUCCGAUGUGUUGUUGAGGGAAUAGGCGGCCUGGAAAAGUGUGAGAAAUUGCUGCACAAAAAAGCCCCGGAUAUGGGGAGCAAGGUGUUUUAUAAAUCCGGUGUCAUAUUUCUCGAUGCUGAGGACGUUGCUCUUUUAAAAGAGGGAGAUGAGGUUACGCUGAUGGACUGGGGGAAUGCGUUUAUAAGGAAUAUUCGCACCAGUGGCGAAUCUGGAACAAUUACUGAUGCCGAUAUCGUACUCAAUCUUGAAGGCGAUGUGAAGAAGACUAAGCACAAGUUAACGUGGGUUGCCGAAAAUCCUGAGGCAGAGGUUAUGGAGAUAAAUGAGUAUGACCAUUUACUUACCAAGAAGAAGCCGGAUCCGGAGGAAUCUCUAGAUAGUAUCCUAGCCGCUGUGACGAAAUAUACCCAAGAAGUGUACUCUGAGGCAGCGACUAGCGCUCUGAAGAAGGGUGAUAUAAUCCAACUGGAGCGUCGUGGUUACUACAUUGUUGAUAAUGUCAUACCGAGAAAAGUCCUUAUCGCUAUUCCAGAUGGUCGCGAGAAAGUGAAUCACUUGAGCGCGAAGGCUCAUCAUCUGAAGUAUGUCGCAAAGGUGUCGCAGCCCGCAGCGGCAAACGAUUUAGCAGCAAAAAGGGCCGCCAAAGCAGCUAAAAAGGCAGCACAAAAGCAAGACUCAAAAAGUCAGAACAAAGAACAAGCUGUCUAG